AUGGGAGCAUCUGAUGCAUCCUCGAGUACUACCUAUACUCCUGACCCAUCCAGUCCACUCUUUUUACUUUCUUCUGAUGUACCUGGUGUAUCUCUGGUUAGUGUGACUUUCUCUGGGACUGGUUUUGGGGGUUGGAGGCGGAAUAUGAUCGUAUCUCUAUCCGCUAGAAAUAAAAUAGGAUUCAUUGAAGGAAGUUGUCCGAGACCAGCUGAGGAUACUCCUCAGUUUAAGCAGUGGGAUAGGUGUAAUAAUAUGGUCAUUUCCUGGCUGACUAUUUCCCUAUCCCCGAACAUAGCUGAGAGCGUUCAGUACUCGGAUACUGAUGAGAGUAUUUGGGCUCAGCUUAAUAGAAGAUAUGGUUCAGUUAAUGGGAUUAAGGUGUUUGAGAUUAAGCAAGAGAUAACAUCUACUCAUCAAGGGCCAUUGGACAUUGCUUCCUAUUUCAACAAACUCAAAAAAUUAUGGGAUGAGCUGAGGUUUAUGUGCACUAAUCAUGCCAAUACUUGUGUUUGUGCUGCUAAACCUGGACUUCAAAAGGAGGAAGAGGAAAACAGAUUACACCAAUUCCUCAUGGGUCUAAAUGAGACCUAUGUUGGUGUUAGGAGCAACUUGCUCAUGAUGCAACCUCCACCUUCUCUUGAUACUGCUUAUAGUAUCCUCCUCCAAGCACUACGAAUAAACGCUAAAUUUGCGGAGGUUUUAUUGUGGCAGUUACUAUAA